UACGAGCAGAUAGUCGCGAUCAAACAACUUAAUCUCGAAGGCCUUCAAGGGAACCAAGAAUUUGUUGUGGAAGUACUUAUGUUGAGUUUAAUGCAUCAUAACAAUCUCGUCAACCUGAUCGGAUACUGCACUCACGGAGAACAGAGGUUGUUGGUUUACGAGUUCAUGCCACUAGGCAGCCUGGAAAACCAUCUUUUCGAUUUAGAACCAGGAACGACGCCACUGAGUUGGAAGACAAGGCUAAAGAUAGCUGCAGGCGCAGCUCAUGGACUCGAGUAUCUACACAAAGCAAAUCCACCUGUCAUUUACCGUGAUUUGAAAUCUUCAAAUAUAUUAUUGGACAAUGAUUUCAAUCCAAAGCUGUCGGAUUUUGGACUCGCAAAGCUGGGACCUGUAGGUGACAACACUCAUGUUUCGACAAGAGUGAUGGGCACCUACGGAUAUUGUGCCCCCGAGUAUGCCAUGACUGGGAAGUUGACUCUGAAAUCUGAUAUCUACAGCUUCGGUGUUGUUCUAUUGGAGCUAAUAACGGGACGAAAAGCUUAUGACACCUCUAAAAAACAAGGAGAACAGAACCUUGUUGUUUGGUCUAAUCCUUUCCUCAAGGACCGGAGGAAAUACAUUCAUUUGGUAGACCCGAUGUUGGAUGGUCAAUUCUCUUCUCGUUGUUUGCACCAUGCUGUUGCUGUUACUGCAAUGUGUCUUCAAGAACAAGCCAGUUUUCGCCCCAGCACUACUGAUAUUGUUACCGCGCUUGACUAUCUUCUACUUCAAGCACAACACUCAGGUACACAUAGAGGUGGUUCACAAUCUGGCAAGCACAUACCGCCUCCAUCAACAGAAGAGUUUAAUGUCAGUUCACGAAAUCGAAGCUAUGACAACAUGGCUAUUACAUUUUAA